CGCUUUCUCUCUCUAGAUCUCUCUCUUCUUGUCUAUUUGCCUAACUUAACUCCCAGAGAUCGUGAACACACAUCGCCUGGGCGUGCGUGUCAAAGUCUUGUCGUCGGCCCGUCGUCGGCAUUCUCAUGUCAACUACUCCUUUCGCUUUUGUCACUCUCCUCUCCUCCGAUUCCUAUCUCCCAGGCGCACUCGCCCUUGCUGGUGCCCUCAAGGAUGUACACGCCGAUAACGGCCCCAUAGAUUUCCACAUUAUCUGCCUCGUCACUCCGGAGACACUAGAUGUGUCGACCAUUAAGCUCCUCAGGAAGACGUUCGACAUUGCAGUAGGGGUCGAGGUUAUCAGCCAGCAGAGGGAUGACGGGGCGCUCAACUUGCUAGGUCGCCCAGAUCUCGACUCUGUUCUCACAAAGCUACAUGUUUUCCGCCUUACCCAGUACUCCAAGAUUAUCUUCCUCGAUGCGGACGUCCUUCCUGUUCGACCCCUCUCCCACCUUUUCCACCUUGAACAUGAAUUUUCUGCCGUCCCUGACGUCGGCUGGCCUGACAUAUUUAACUCGGGUGUCAUGGUCCUCACUCCAGGCGAGGACAAGUUUGAUCAGCUGCGCCAGCUUCUUAAAACCACCGGAAGCUGGGACGGUGCUGACCAGGGGCUGCUGAACGAGUGGAGGGGCGACGACUGGCACAGACUCAGUUUCACCUACAACACUACCCCCACGGCUGCGUACACGUAUGCUCCUGCAUAUGCCCGCUUUGGAAAACAGAUAUCUGCCAUUCACUUUAUUGGGCCAAAUAAGCCGUGGAACUCUAUCCCUUAUCGCGCUCCUGGGUCAGCUGCUAUCCAAGGGAGCUCAGGAGAGACUGCGCCACCCCCGAGCCUGCAAGCAUAUGAUUAUGGCUCUCUGGUUGACAGGUGGUACGCUGUGUAUGAUAAACAUUAUCGCUCGCAAAGCCAUGUUCCAGACACCGAGGUGGAUGUUCGUAGGUACGUGUCUGCCUGGGAUGAACAGAGCGGUGCCGGAGCAGAGUUUCUCUCUUCGGUCAACAUACCUGUCAGUGGGGGGCUUAGCUUGGAAGAGCUGCGACGCAUGGCUAUCCAUGGUAUGGGCUCGGCGAAUGUUCACGUCAACUACCGCGGCGGGGGCGAAGGCGAAUACAUUACUCUUCCUCUCGAAGGACGGAUAGAUCUGAUGAGACCAGUGCCAUUCUCUGCUCAUGAAUGGGAUUCGAAUGAUGACUUGGGUAUCACUCCGAAGGCUGGCCCGCACACCCCUCCGUCGAAGACUGGCGGGCUUUACAACUCGCCUUUCCGAACAGAGACGCUUCCCACUCCUGACCCCCGCGACGUGCCUUCGGCACCUCAACCUCAGUCGUUGUCCCUCCCUUCGUCUCCAUUUGGUGUCAUGACUCCGAGUUCUGCCAAAGACAUUCCCGGUGGACCACAGAAGUCGCUUUUUGGAAAACACCUUCGACCAAACUCGCCUCCUCUUCUAGCGUGGAACCCUGCAGUGGAAUCUCCUCCUAAAAGCUCUCCGCUUCCAUCGGCGUUUCCUGCGGAGACCUACUUCCCGAAUGCCUGGGAUGAUUCCCCGACCAACGAGGGUCAGCAGCAAGGUUCUCGCGCUUCACGUUCGCAAAAGAACAAGCCUACCGCCGCCCCACUGAAACCGCAUGAGUUGUUUAACCCACCUCCUCCGUCGGAAAUCCCGGAACUGCUCCUGCGUCAAGGACACUACAAGAACCUUGUCGGUUCUGUACAUGAUUCUGUUACUACUGCUAACGGUCCUGACCCGACAAAGAUCAAGCGUGUCUUUCCUUGGGAAGAGCGCCCUCGAUACAUGCCUACUCGAGUUUUCCCUGGUGAGGAAGGGCCACCCUCGGGUUCUGGUUUCGUGCGUCCACCUCUAGGAGCAACCGCUGUCACCCCCGAGAAGUCCAACAGAUCAGAAGAGCCACCCUCGCCUCUAGUCGGUUUCCAGGUAACGACACAGUACGGUAAUGCAUGGGACAGUGUCGCAAGCAUUCAGAAGUAUGCAUCGCGGCUUGCCCGACCAUCACCCCUUGCACCUGCUGUGGAUCCAUCUCAGGGCGAUCAUCGAGAAUGGGAGGAACACUCCGAAGCAAGCAGCCGCGACGGCGACGUUGAAGACGAAGGCGACUCCGAAGAGGAGGGCAAGACGGUGAGGCAGCAUUCACGCACUUCAAGCUCGAUGGAACGCAAACAGUAUCGCUCAAUUGGGAUUCAGACUGACAGAACAAAGCAUGUAAGCACGGGCGUGCAGGCGAAGGAGCCGGCGGCAUUUGGAAAGACGGACUCGAAGCACUCGAAGAAGAAAACGAGAAGGCCGAGCUUAAAUUCGCGGCGACAAUGGAUGCCACCUGCCGCAAGCCAGCCUGCUGGGCUUCCUGCUAUCAAAGCUGAGGAAGCGUAUGCAUCUCCUGAAGGAUCUGGACUUGUUUCACCAGGGAUGUUUCCUUCGACUCGGCUUCAGACCGUGGUGUUUCCUCCGUCGGAGAGUCCAACUGGUAUACACACUCCUACGGUGUACGACUCCCCACCUGGAAGUCGGACGCCAUCUGGUCAGGCAGGCCCAGCAUCCGGGGUCAUCGCGACGUCUCAGGCGUCAGCUACGUUGUCGGCUCCGCCUCGACUCCAGGUCAACACUGCUGGGCAUCCAUCUAGUGUUAGCGAAACCUCAGGAACAUCGCCCAAUUCAUCGCUGCUCGAUGUUGGAGGCAUUAGCUCCCAGACGGAGACGACGACGCCUUCGCCUACGCGGCAGAGGAAGCCGAGCCGAGUGUUCGACCCCGCUCGAGGCGUGGACGUGUUCAAGCGCGGAUCAGAAGAGGUGUUGGCGAGGUUUCUGAAGAUGGGCUCAUGGGGCGAGCAAUCUCAUCAGCAUGGGCAGUGAUUACAACAAAGUAUUCUUUUCUUGUUUGCAUGACGUUUCCUUACUCUGAUCCACCUCCACCAUGCUCGUCUUCUUAUCGAUCAUCUAUAUGUGAUACCCAUGCAUAAUCAUAGACUUUAUCUACCUUUCUUUUCAGUUUUCUGUUGUAUUUCCUACUAUAUUCCUCCCUGGUACUCGGACUACGUAUUAGACUUGUCAAACGCGCCAGUGUUUCUC